AAAUCUCCAGCUCAAAGUCCAGUUCUGCAUUUCCCACACUGCAACACCCACACAAGGAUCCCCGCCACUGUGCACCGGGGAGGAGAGGCUCAGAAACUCAGAAUCAGCAACAUGGAGUUGAUGGAGGAUUUCUCCCGUCCACCACUGGUGCCGGUGAAGGGCAUCCCACUCAUCAAAUACUUUGCAGAGGCUAUUGGGCCAUUGCAGAACUUGACAGUCUGGCCUGAUGACUUGCUUAUCAGCACAUACCCAAAGUCUGGUACUACCUGGAUGAGUGAGAUCCUGGACAUGAUCUACCAGGACGGCAAGCUAGAAAAGUGUCGCCGGGCCCCCAUCUAUGCCCGGGUGCCCUUCCUUGAGUUCAGAUGCCCAGGAGUUCCCUCAGGUCUUGAAUCUUUGGAAGAGACACCAGCCCCCAGGCUCCUUAAGACGCAUCUGCCCCUGUCCUUGCUUCCUCAGAGUCUGCUGGAUCAGAAGAUCAAGGUGAUCUAUAUUGCUCGAAAUCCAAAGGAUGUGGCUGUCUCCUACUAUAAUUUCUACAACAUGGCCAAGGGGCUGUUCCCUGAUCCAGGCACCUGGGAGAGCUUCCUGGAGAACUUCAUGGACGGGAAAGUGUCCUAUGGGUCGUGGUUCCAGCACGUGAAGGAGUGGUGGGGGCUGACACACACUCACCCUGUUCUCUAUCUCUUCUAUGAAGACAUGAAGGAGGACCCCAAAAGGGAGAUCAAGAAGAUUCUAGAGUUUUUGGGGCACUCCCUGCCUGAGGAGACCGUGGAUCUCAUUGUUCACCACACAUCCUUCAAGAAAAUGAAGGAGAACACCAUGGCCAACUACACCACCCUCUCUUCUCACUACAUGGACCACUCUGUUUCCCCCUUCAUGAGGAAAGGCAUUGCUGGGGACUGGAAAAACACCUUCACUGUGGCCCAGAAUGAGCGUUUUGAUGUUCAGUAUGCUGAGAAGAUGACAGGGUGUGACCUCAUCUUUCGCUGGCAGGUCUGAGUGACAAUAUGACUAAUCACCCCAGAGAACUGUCGACACCACCAUAACACCUCCUUGGGGAUAAAUGAGCAUGUCUUCAACCUACCCCUCCAUUACAAGUCAAGGGGAGAACCUAAGCUGCAAGACUGAAGACCAACAAAGACAAACCUUGAGUUUAAAAAGGACUGGGAGUUAGUUCAAUGUCAUCAUGCUUGGCU